AAGAGAGACAGAGAGAGAGAGAGAGGCAGCUGGAGUCUCACACACAACUGUAGUCAGUCUUGGAAUCUGAGCGCUGCCAAGAGGCGAGCAUAGAAGCCAGCGUCGUUCUUCCAUGAGGAUGACAUGCUCUCAGAAGAGCACAGGAGGCUGUUUUGUUAAGGGAAUCAAAGGAGGAUCAAAGGCGAUUCUACAAUGUCAGGGUUGCUGAUGUUGCCAUUUACAUCGCUUUCAAUUCAGCACUGCUCAUCCUGCUUAGCUUAUUCAUAAGGAGUCGCUGUCAUCGUGACGAUCGAUUGGCUGCAAUGAUAAUGAAUCACUUCUUUUGGCUGCUUCCACUGGUCUUUCCGCACCUGAGCUCUCCAGUCAUAUUGCUAGAGAGGAAUGAUGGGAAUCUCUUUCACAACUGGAACCAUCUGAUGGAAGGAGAUAAAAUGGUGCUGCACAGAUCCAAAAGAGACUGGAUGUGGAGGCAGUUCUUCCUGUCGGAGGAAUACACAGGAAGUAACUAUCAGUAUGUCGGCAAGCUUCGCUCAGACAAAGACAUAGGGGACGGAACUGCCAGAUAUGUUCUCUCCGGAGAAGGAGCAGGCACAGUAUUUCGUAUCGAUGAGAAGUCUGGGGAUUUACAUGCUACACAGAGACUGGACAGAGAGGAAAAGGCCUCUUACACACUGCAGGCACAGGCUUUCAACAAGAUCACGGGCCUCCCCCUGGAGCCUGCCACUGAAUUCAUUGUCAAGAUACAUGACAUCAAUGACAAUGAGCCCAAAUUCACCAGGGCUGUCUAUUCUGCCAGUGUACCCGAAAUGUCAGAUGUCGGUACUUUUGUAAUAGAAGUCAAUGCCACUGAUGCAGAUGAUGCCACAUACGGGAACAGUGCUAAACUCGUGUACAGCAUCCUACAAGGGCAGCCCUACUUCUCUGUGGAUCCGGAGACAGGAAUUGUCAGAAUAGCCCUUUCCAGUAUGGACCGGGAAGUGCGGAAGGAGUAUCAGGUUGUUAUUCAGGCCAAAGACAUGGCAGGACAGAUGGGGGGUCUGUCUGGAACCACCAUGGUCAACGUUACCCUUACAGAUGUUAAUGACAGCCCGCCACGUUUUGCUUACAGUUCUUACCACCUAAGCACUUAUGAGUCGGCAGAAAUCGGAUCAACUGUGGGCAGAAUAAAAGCCAAUGAUGGUGAUGAGGGAGAAAAUGCUGAAAUGAAAUACAGAAUUGUAGAAGGAGACGGCAAAGAAUAUCUAGAUAUAAUUACAGAUGAGAUAUCCCAAGAGGGUGUUAUCGUUGUCAAAAAGAAACUGGACUAUGAAAGCAAGCGCGUGUACACUGUAAAAGUGGAGGUGACUAACACACACCAGGACCCCAACUUCUUUCAUCUGGGCCCAUUCUCUGACACAGCUAUCAUCAAGGUCACAGCCAAAGAUGUCGAUGAGCCUCCUAUCUUCAGCAGGCCUCAGUAUGUCUUUGAGGUCAAUGAGGACACACCAAAAGGAACAGCGAUCGGAACUAUUACAGCUUGGGACCCCGAUGCCAUAAAUUUCCCAAUUCAAUAUGCCGUAGAUCACCACACAGACCCAGAGAGACUCUACCACAUCGACCCCAAGAAUGGAUCCAUCACAAUUCUUAAGUCUCUUGACAGGGAGGUGUCAAAGUGGCACAACAUCUCAGUCCUGGCUAGUGAGAUGAAUAACCCUCAUCAAAGAAGCCGUGUUCCUGUUUUAAUAAAAGUUUUGGAUGUGAAUGACAAUGCCCCAGAAUUUGCCAUGAUUUAUGAGACAUUUGUGUGUGAAAAAGUCAAAGCUGGGCAGCUCAUACAGACUAUCAGUGCCAUCGACACAGACGAACCUCUUGUGGGUCACAAAUUUGUAUUCAGCUUGAGUUCGAUGAAUCCAAACUUCACCAUAUUUGAUAAUGAAGAUAACACAGCCAGAAUCCUGACCAGAAGAAGUGGAUUUAACAGGCGUGAAAUGAGUGUCUACUAUCUGCCAGUAGUUAUCUCCGACAGCGACUACCCCAUCCAGAGCAGCACCAGCACUUUGACCAUUCGUGUGUGCAGCUGUGACGCCACCGGCAACAUUCGUUCCUGCAGUGUUGAUGCGUUGCUGCUCUCUGCUGGCCUCAGCACUGGGGCGCUAGUGGCGAUACUUCUCUGCAUCCUCAUCCUUCUUAUGAUUGUGGUGCUGUUCUCAGCUUUAAAGAAGCAGAGGAGGAAGGAACCGCUGAUCAUCUCCAAAGAGGACGUCAGGGAUAACGUAGUCAGCUACAACGACGAGGGGGGCGGCGAGGAGGACACGCAAGCCUUUGACAUCGGCACACUGCGCCACCCGGAGGUUAUGGAAAGCAACAAGCUGCGGCGCGACAUCAUCCCUGAGAUGCUGUUUCCCUAUCACAGAUCUUCACCCAUGAAGGAGUGUGCGGAUGUUAGAGACUUCAUUAUUAGCAGACUGCAGGACAACGACACAGACCCUUUCGCACCUCCAUAUGACUCUCUCGCCACUUAUGCUUAUGAGGGCAAUGGAUCAAUCGCUGAGUCAUUGAGCUCUCUGGAGUCCUCUGUGACUGAGGGAGACCAUGAAUAUGAUUACCUCUCUAACUGGGGGCCGCAGUUUAAAAAACUUGCUGACAUGUACAUUGGAAAGGAUACGACAGUUGCCAAUUAGCCUAGGCUACCAUUCAAUGACUUUCAUAUUCUCUGUAUGUACGCUCGGAUUGCACUCUGGGCUGUGAGGCAUAACUUGAAAGAAGAACUUGAAUAACAAAAAAGAAUUCUUCACACAUGAAAUCUUUUUUUUUCUUUUUUUUUACCAACACAAGCGGAAUUUCACUUUUAUGAUGGAUUUUUUUUUUUUUUUUUUUUUUUUUGUGGACAGUGUUGUGGUAAGGUGAUUUUGUGUUUAAAAGAGAAGUGAUGGUGAUUUUGUUUUUCAUUCACUGUUGCAGAAAAAAAAAAAAACUUGACAGAGGAGCAAAAUGAAUUAAUGAGUUUGUGACUUUAAAAACAUGGACAGUGACAAGACUGCCUUCGUCUUAUGACAGAUUGUAAAGGACCCUUCCCUGUUCCUCUACGGCCCUGUCCCAAAUGGAAUCACACGUUUAUGACGUAAUGCCUCUUUGACUCCUUGACUGUUGAGUAGACGUCUGCUGUGGAGCUUGCUUUAGUUUAGUGAGGCUUCCGCAAAAGUUUGCAUCAUGAGCACAUAUCAGCCGCAAAGGGACCCUUCUGAAACCUAAAAUGACAAAUGGGACACCCUACCGCCUUUUGGACUUAACGGACGUGUUUGCGGCAGCCGUUGUGUCCACGAGACCGCAAAUGCACAUGAAGUGUGCCAUUUGGGACGGGGCAAUCCUUUGACGAUGCUGGCGUAACUAGGAAUUCAGCAUCACAAAUCACGCUGUGCUACAAUGGCAUUUUUCAUGGUUCCAUGACAUCAUGUGAAAAUUAAGUGGGUGUAUUUAAGUUCUAUAAAGUCAGUCUUCAGAAUUUAUGUCUGCCAUACAUGUUUUUAACAACCUAAGGGUGAGUAAAUGAUGACAGAAUGUUAAUUUUUGGGUGAACUGUUUUUUUUUUUUUUUACAGGAUUUUACAUAGAGGGAUUUCAGUUAUAUUGGCUACAAUUGAAUGUGAGUGGAGAAAUGUUUCUUCACAGAUUUGGCCUCUCUACACAUCUUGUGAAGUGCUCCCUUGUUGAAACAUAAUUGCAGCAUUAUCAUUACAGCACUGAAAGCUUACCGAGGAACGUGGGACUAUUUCUACAUAUCUUUGAAACGUUGUUCAAUUCAACUACAUUUGUUUGUGUGAAGUUUGCUUAAUUUGCAAAACUGCAGAUUACGCUAAAAUCAAAUAGAAGUGUCACAAAGAAUUCUGCAGCACUCUGAGCUUGUGUGAAUGAAAAUUGUCAAAGUGUUUUAUAUCCACAUUUUUUAAGUAUAUAUUUUAAUAAAAAAUAUGAAUG